GGAGCCUUGCUCGAGGGUCAGGGCCUUAUUUAGAAAAGCUCCACCCCGGUCCCCCCAACCGGUCCCCACACCCACACCUACACCCGCCUGCAUCCUGGAGCCCAGGGUGCACACACGUGUAUGAGUGUGUGUUUGGACACGUGGGUGAAAAGCACCCUGAAGCACUUCCUUUGUAGCAGGUUCUAGACACAGGAGAGCAGCUGGUGGUCCCUGUGGACGUCUUGGAAGAAGAGAACAAGGGUGCCCUGUGGAAGUUUCUGCUCUCAGGAGCCAUGGCUGGGGCAGUGUCUCGCACAGGGACAGCCCCUCUGGAAAGAGCCAGGGUACACAUGCAGGUGUACUCCUCCAAGAGUAACUUCAGGCACCUGCUGAGUGGCCUGCGGAGCCUGGUCCAGGAGGGAGGCGUCCGCUCGCUCUGGCGGGGCAAUGGCAUCAACGUGCUCAAGAUCGCCCCCGAAUAUGCCAUCAAGUUCUCUGUGUUUGAGCAGGUGAACCUGGGGGGACUUACCACAGAUCAAGUCUCCACAGUGCAAGGCAGCCCUCCGCCCUCCAGACACACAGUGCUGGCGGUUUCUCUCUCACACGCCCUCCCCUUGCAGUGUAAGACUUUCCUCUGCGGUGCGCAGGACGACCCUCGCUUCCAGGAACGGCUGAUGGCAGGUUCCCUGGCUGUGGCCAUCUCCCAGACUUUAAUCAACCCCAUGGAGGUACUCAAGACUCGACUGACCCUUCGCCUUACUGGCCAAUAUAAAGGACUUCUGGACUGUGCCAUGCAGAUCUUAGAACGGGAGGGCACCCAAGCCUUGUACCGAGGCUAUCUGCCCAACAUGCUGGGCAUCAUUCCCUAUGCUUGCACCGACCUGGCUGUCUAUGAGCUACUCCGGUUUUUGUGGCAGAAGUCAGGCUGGGACAUGACAGACCCCAGUGGCCUGGUCAACUUGUUAUCUGUAACACUGUCCUCCACCAGUGGCCAGAUGGCCAGUUACCCGCUGACUUUGGUGCGCACACGGAUGCAGGCACAAGACACCUUGGUGGGCUCUAACCCCACUAUGCUGGGAGUCUUCGGCCAGAUACUGAGUCAACAGGGCUGGCCUGGGCUAUACAGAGGCAUGACGCCCACAUUACUGAAGGUGGUGCCAGCAGGAGGUAUCAGCUAUCUGGUGUACGAUGUCAUGAAGAAAACCCUGGGUGUACAAGUCCUGAGCAGAUGACAUGCUCUGAACAGGAAGAGAAUGGAUGUCCCAGUGUCCCUGGGUCUCAGAAAGCCCACCACGGCUUAGGCUUCAGAGCCAUUUUGGUUUGCAAAACCCAUCCAGGACUAGGGUUGGAAGUGCUGGAAUUUCCUCCUGCAGGAUACAGUCUGAGUUGAGAUUCCAGCUUGGUUUUUGCAGGCUCGUCCAACAGAAGGUGUGGACAAGAAUAAAGAUAGUUUUGGCUGUCUCUG